AUGGAGGCAGCGUACAGUCCAUUCACCGGCUUCCAGCAGCAGCAGCAGCGGCACUACCGUGGCGCUGGCCGCCGGGACGCAUUCGAUGCGCCAUCCGAGAAGAUGAAGCCAGUCGAUUGGAACAACGUGAAGCUUGUGCCGGGUACGUGGAAGGUGCUUGACACAAAGGCCAUCCAACGCGCGGCUCAUGCCAAGACGGUUGUGGAGCCUGUCAAGCAAUUCAACGACGAUGAGGCGAAGGAGUGGCGUGACGCAAACGGCAUCACCGUUUUCGGGGAGGGGUGCCCGCCGCCGCUGGCCGCCUUCGACCAGCUGAACGCGCUGGUGCCGGCCUACCUGCAGAAGAAGCUUACCGCCCAGGGUUUCACCGCGCCGACGGCGGUGCAGGCGCAGGCAUGGCCCAUUCUGCUGCGCGGCCGUGACAUGGUUGGGGUGGCAAAAACCGGAUCCGGCAAGACACUCGCCUUUAUGGUGCCCGCACUCGCCCACAUCGCGCUACAGGAACCGCUGCGCCAUGGCGACGGUCCAAUGGUAAUUGUGCUCGCCCCAACGCGUGAACUUGCGCAGCAAAUUGAGCAGGAGACAAGGAAGGUCCUCCCCAAUGACGUGCGCUGCGGCUGCGUCUAUGGUGGAGCACCGAAGGGACCACAGCUCGGGAUGCUGCGGCAGGGUGUACAUGUUCUUGUCGCAACGCCCGGCCGGUUGAUUGAUUUCUUGGAGAUCAAGCGCGUCAACAUGCUCCGUGUGACAUACCUCGUGUUGGAUGAGGCGGAUCGCAUGCUGGACAUGGGCUUUGAACCGCAGGUGCGCACCAUCUGUGGCCAAAUACGCCCCGACCGGCAGACGCUCAUGUUCUCUGCGACGUGGCCAAAGGAGAUACAGCAGCUGGCGUCGAGUUUCCAGCGCGAUUGGAUCCGCUUCCACGUUGGCAGCACCGAGCUGCUCGCCAACAAGGACGUGACGCAGCACUUUAUUCUUACACAGGAGCACGCCAAGUUGGAAGAACUGAAAAAGCUGCUGGCCAAUCACCGCAAUGAACGUGUGCUGGUCUUCUGCAAGACGAAGAGAACCGCCGACGACCUCGAGUGGCAGCUGAAGCGGUGGGGCCACGACGCCAUGGCGAUCCACGGGGAUAAGGAGCAGCGGCAGCGCGAGUUUAUUCUCGAGCGCUUCCGUAGGGACCCGCGGCUCUGCGUUGUGGCCACCGAUGUUGCCGCACGUGGGCUGGACAUCAAGGAGCUUGAGACCGUUAUCAACUACGACUUUCCCAUGCAGAUCGACGACUACGUGCACCGUAUCGGCCGCACAGGACGUGCUGGGGCGAAGGGCGAGGCCUUCACGCUCAUCACUAAGAGGGAGCAGCAGAUUACACCGGCAGUAGUGAAGGAGCUUAUCGUGAUUGCCCAGCGUGCGCAGCAGCAGGUGCCUGACUGGCUGCGCGAGUGGGGCGAGCAGCAGCCGCGCUAUCAGGUGGUGAAGCGGAACCGUAACAUGCUCGGAUUCGGAGGCAGCCGCCACACGCCUGUUCUGCACAACGGGAGUCGCCCAUCAUUCGACGCGAAGGGCAACAGUAGCAGUAGCAGCGGCAAUACCAACAGCGGGGGCGGCUCGUUUGGCCUGUCACGCCAGAACAACGGCGCAGCGCCAUUCUCGUCCUCGAAGAUUGAGUACAAACGGUUCGAUGACAGCAGCGAUGAUGACGGCGCACCGGCAGCGAAGAGGCGUGCGAAGUGA